GACACACACACACACACACACAUCCUGUCAACUGUCAGCGGAAGCCCACAUCCUUUCUUACGAGUCUCGUUUUAUCCGUAUAGGUGACGAGUGCUUCAUGCUAUGAACACCGUGUUAAUAUUGUGGCAAUGCCAUCACGUUAGUAAAGUGCAAAUGAGAUCAGGCAAAACACUAACUGGUCUGUUAUCAUAUUUAUAUACAAUUAAGAGAUUUAUUCAUUGUUGACAUCAAGAAAAACGAGAAGGCUUGGGUGGCCCCGUCACUUGAUGACGCAUGUAUUGUGAUCGUGUGGCGAAAAUGAUGUUUGAGCAGCUGUCACUCACCACGGAUAAACAGGGUGGCAGAAAAAAAAUCGACAGGGAGAUGAAUAAUGGUAUUACAAUUAAGAAGGGGGAUAUCCAUUUUGAAACCAAAAUUACUUAAGGGUAGGUCGGCUGACCUUACAGGUGUGGUGAUAUUAGAUUUCUUUUUGUUCUCGUUGUGUUGUAUACAUACUCACCCUUAACCACAAGCUGUUAUUUGCCAAGUUCUACUUUCGGUAUAUAUAGUACAUAGUGAGGAUACUGGAAAUAGUGUUCAUAAUUUAAAACAACAUGUAAUUUAUCAUUUCUCCGUAUUGGCCUGACCAAACCCUUUUUUUCUACAUUUCAAAUGAAAGAUUAGACAUCUAAAAUCAAUAAUUCCAGAGUAGAUUUAAUGUAAUUUGCAUCUACAAUUUAUUGCGAAUUUUUACAUGUGAAGUACAUAUUUAAAUGCCUUAAAAUUAUUAAAGAAAACUAUAAAGAUAUUAUAAAUGAAUGUUCCUUUUAUUUGCUUUUGGAAAAAUAAAAGACCACAAAAUAUAAUUUAAAGUGCAAAAAGAAUAAUUAAAAUCCGUUAAUUCUAAGCAGAGUUAUGUUGCGGCAAAGUAUGAAAAAGUAAGUUUUCAGUAAAUGGACAUUUAAAGUUCGCCGGCAUUAAAAGGCCGUCCAUUUAAAGUUAAAACUGCCCGGCUACAUAUUCUUUUCAGUAUCCCUUCACUCUCUUACGUUUUUUUGCCCUCCCACACUCUCCCGUUUUCUAUCUUCUCUUUCGAGGGCAACUUUUCCUAUAUAUGUAUUUCGUAAUCCAAGCAGUGGCUGAAUAUUUCCAACUUUGUAACCUGUGUUAUAGUCAUAAAGUCUUCAGCACAGCACGGACCUUCUCUGCACUUUUACGUAGUGCCUUCUUGCCUUUCUUGACACCACCCAUGAUGUAGAAAAGCAAGGUAAAUAAUGAGGUAUGAGGAGACCUGAAACAAUGGGAAGGGAGGCACAGCCUCUCGAAGCACACAAGAAAUGGAUCUUGGCCUGGAAAAGGACAAAUUUUACGGUGCCGUAGAGAGACCGAGACCAGUCAAAUUAUUUAUUAUAUCCAGCCUACUGAAGAGGUAUACGUACAACCCUUCAGCUAGGUGGAUAUUAGCGCUAGGACACCCCAUGGAGGCUGUGAGCCAAAGGUCCGUAUUCUUAACGUAUGGAACUCACAUUACUACUAUUUCAUAAGGCCAUUGAGAAGAUUAGCCGAGUUUUCAUGGGUGAUUUUCCAGUUCAGGUUACAGAGGUCGUGUAAAACUACAACUAUAGGAUGGCAAAACAAUCCAUGGACAUCCCAGCAACUUAUACGGGAGACUUUUCAAACAGGCGAAUACUGAGGCGCUGAAACCUUUUUAAGAAAACGACCCAAAGUUCGAGCGUUAACAAUCCCUUCUCGAGCGCCGUGUUCGCCGCUGUUGCGAUAAAUACUUCCUCGCAGAAAUAAGUCGCUCUACUGUUCACUAUGCAUGCGCACUGGGGAAUACACCGCAAGAAAACAUUAAUUUGCCUGGUUUUGUUCUAGUUUGUCCACUUAUGACAAUUGUAAUGCUUGAUAUUGCCCGCAACAACAACAACACACCAGACCAACAGACCAAACAAGCAGGAACUGAGUGAACGUCAAGACGGGGUAUAUAAUUCUUUCUAAAAUCUGCUCUGUUCAUUUGCUGCAAAGCCUACUCUUAAUUAAAAGUGUUUCUCUGAUGUUUGUGCCAUGUAUUGAAGCCGAAACAGACAAAGUAAACGAUACCGGUGAGUGAAAUAUAGAGUAAUAAGGAAGUUUGAAGCUCUCUCUGCGAGUUAUUCUGCGGCUGUGAGCUAAUUCCCACAAGGCCGCCAUGAUGCCAUCCACCGCAGAGGCUGAAGGAGAGGCGCCAUUUCCAAGCCGGCGCAGGGAGGGCUAUAUAUCAACAGACUCCGAGGACAACGAUGAGUUUGAUGUGGUCAGAACCUUGCAACAUUACCGUCAAGGCCAGUCGUCGUCCUCCUCCGAGUGUUCGUGUGAGUCGUGCAUCUCUGGCAGUGACGAGUCUUUCUUCGGGGGCGAGGAGGGGCCACCGCGAGGGGAGGCCACCACCCCUCGCCGCGCCUUCGUGUGGCUGGAGACGAGCAGAGAAAGAUGGGGGUUUGUGGUGCUUGGCUUGCUGAUGACGAGCUGUGUUCUCUCUGCUGCUGGCUUGGUUGUGACCGAGAUACUUCCCAGCUCAGAGAUCGGUGGGCACAUGCUGUACUGGACUUUGCCACUGGUGGUAGUGUGUGGACUGUGCAUCUCAGUUUGGACAGCUGCAAGAUACUUACUGGUGCGAGGUGGCUACAGCAAGGGAGGCCACAUCAUUGAGCGAAGGAAUCUCAUCAGUGAUGCCCAGGCAAAGGAGUUGGUGUACUCUGUGCAGGGAGCAAUCUAUGCUCCUACGCGCCACAACUCGCCUGGACACAACAGCCCACCUGUAUACAAUGUCGUUGCUUAUGAAAAUGAGUUUGACUCCAGUACUUACAUCACUAGUGACCUGGAGCAUGAUGGCCAGUAUUGUAAAAGGCUCGUACCAGGACAGGAAGCUGAUGACUCCCACACAGAGAGGUGUAAUAUAUACAGUCGGAGGGCAUGGUUCAGGGAUGUGCCCUUAGUGUGGUGGGAGCUGCUCCUCUCAAAUCAAAAGGAUCUCUAGCUCCACAACAGGUUAAAGACCAGUCUGACAUCCUCCACAUGUGCAAUGUAUGGAACCCUGAUGACAGCUGUGAAGGCGGAGAGGAGACCCAGCUCUUCUAGCACUGAGCGGCGUUUAGAAGUGCAAACAACAAGGAGCUUGCGACCAGGAGGAGGGGAAGCCGAC